AUGGACCAGCCACACACAACAGGCGGCCUCCUCUCGCCGCCAGAGCUCUCUCCCCUAGAGCAGGAAGUCUUGGAGGAGUAUGACCGGUUGGCGACAAACAUGAAGACUCUGGCAACUCUGCUAGACGACCUAGCAUCCAACCCGACAGUCGGAAUCCUAGAUGGCCUGCGGGAGCUGGAGCGCAAGACAAGUCUCGCGUUUACGCUGCUCAAGGCGAGUGUGUACAGCAUUGUGUUGCAGCAGGAGAUUGACUGGGGCGGU